AUGUGGAACUGGACAAGACGCAACGCUGGGAUCCUUGUCCGCAACCGCAGCCUUUCCUGCAUCCCGACUGCCCGUGGCAUGUGCGUGUUGCCUGCCAGCGCGCCAGCUGCGUUCGAUGUGGCCAUUGUGGGUGGCGGAGUGUCCGGCGCAUCGACUGCGUACCACCUUGCAGCUGCUGAUCCCUCGCUGACCGUCGCUGUCUUUGAGCAGGAUCCAUGCUACAGCCGCGCGUCAUCGUCACUCUCCGCGGCCUCGAUCCGCCAUCAAUACUCGACCAGCCUCAACGUGGCCAUCUCGCUCUUCGGCUCGGACUUUCUGCGCCGCGCGGCGACGACGCUGGCGGUUGACGGCUGCGAUCCGCCAAACAUUGGCUUUGUCGAACGCGGAUACUUGUUCCUCGCCGGCGAGAGUGGUCGGAGCGUGCUGGAAGAGAAUCACGCAAUCCAGAUUGCCGCCGGUGCGAAGCCGACGCUGCUGGAUCCCGCAGGCGUGGCCGCUGCGUGGCCGUGGAUGCGGGCGCACGACGUAGCAGCUGCAUCGCUGGGCGGACCAGGCGAGGGCUGGUUCGACGCCUACUCGCUUCUGAUGGCAUACAGGAACAAGGCGCGCUCGCUUGGCGUCUCGUUUGUCGCCGAUGAGGUUGUCAAAGCUCGCCGAGGCGCCGACGGCGGCGUUGCCGAGCUUACCACGGUAUCGGGCGCAGCACUUCAGGUAGGCACCGUUGUCAAUGCUGCCGGUGGCUGGGCGCAUCGUGUUGCUCAAAUGUGCGGCGCAUCGCUCCCGACCCGCCCGCACACCCGUUGCGUGUUUGUCUUUGAGACUGAGACCAACACUGCCGCCGACUGCCCCAUGCUCAUCGACCGGACUGGGGUCUGGGCCCGGCCUGAGGGCACAAAGACGUUCAUUUGCGGCGUGUCGCCGCCAGCUGACCGCGAUCCGGUGGUAGAUGUCACCGACGACCUCGCCUUUGACGUCGACUACGCGCUCUUUGACGACAUCAUCUGGCCUGCGCUGGCCAACCGAGCCGAAGUCUUUGAGGCUAUCAAGGUGGUCCACGCCUGGGCCGGCGUCUACAACAUGAACCCCUUUGACCACAACGCUAUCCUCGGCUACGAUCCGGACGUCUCCAACUUGAUUCAUGCCGCAGGCUUCUCUGGCCACGGUUUGCAGCAGUCGCCGGCAGUCGGCCGCGGCCUCUCGGAGCUCAUCAUCCACGGCAGCUACCAGACACUCGAUCUCUCGCCGUUUGACUACUCCCGGCUUCUCACCGACGAUCCCAUUGUAGAGCGCAACGUUGUGUAG